AUGGGCGUUCCCAAAGCAGUUUUGGAAAAUGUCAUAUUCUGUCACCAGGAAGACAGUAAUUGGCCUCUAGCGGACAAAGCGGCUCUGAAAAAGAAGUUCGAUGAUAUAUUCGGAUCGGCUAGGUAUACGAAGGCGCUAGAAUCGAUUGAGAAGUGUAGGAAGGAGCUGAUGGCCGAGACGAAGGAUAAGAAGCACCUGCUGGAAAUGCUUGGGAAAGACUAUGAAGGAGCUCGCAGUCUAAAGGCACAGCUGGAAAUCCUAUCCCAAGAGGAGGGCCGUCUUUGCGACGAAGUCGAGGACAUGAACACUAAAAUUGAUCACGCACAGGUAGGUUUCUCAUGGUUGGAUUCGCAAGCUGAGAUAUUGA